AUGCGCCUUGCUGUUGCCGCUGUCGCCGCGGUGAGGGAAGUAGAAGCGAUGGCCGGGUCCGCGUGGGUGUCCAAGGUCGCUCGGCUGCUGGGUGCGUUCCACAAUACAAAACAGGUGACAAGAGGUUUUGCUGGUGGUGUUCAGACAGUAACUUUAAUUCCUGGAGAUGGAAUUGGCCCAGAAAUUUCAGCCUCAGUUAUGAAGAUUUUUGAUGCUGCCAAAGCGCCUAUUCAGUGGGAGGAGCGGAAUGUCACAGCCAUUCAAGGACCAGGAGGAAAGUGGAUGAUCCCUCCAGAAGCCAAAGAGUCCAUGGAUAAGAACAAGAUGGGCUUGAAAGGCCCUCUAAAGACCCCAAUAGCAGCUGGCCAUCCAUCCAUGAAUCUAUUGCUCCGUAAGACAUUUGACCUUUAUGCCAAUGUCCGGCCAUGUGUCUCAAUUGAAGGUUAUAAAACCCCUUACACAGAUGUAAAUAUUGUCACCAUCCGAGAGAACACGGAGGGAGAAUACAGUGGAAUUGAGCAUGUGAUCGUUGAUGGAGUUGUGCAGAGCAUCAAGCUCAUCACGGAAGAAGCAAGCAAGCGCAUUGCUGAGUUUGCCUUUGAGUAUGCUCGGAACAACCACCGGAGCAACGUCACAGCUGUGCACAAAGCCAACAUCAUGCGGAUGUCAGAUGGACUUUUUCUGCAAAAAUGCAGGGAAGUUGCAGAGAAUUGUAAAGAUAUUAAAUUUAAUGAGAUGUACCUUGAUACCGUGUGUUUAAAAUUGCACAACUGUUACUCUUUGUAGAUGGUACAAGACCCAUCCCAGUUUGAUGUUCUCGUCAUGCCAAAUCUAUAUGGAGACAUCCUUAGUGAUCUGUGUGCAGGACUGAUUGGAGGUCUUGGUGUGACUCCAAGUGGCAACAUUGGAGCCAAUGGUGUCGCCAUCUUUGAAUCGGUUCAUGGAACGGCCCCGGACAUUGCAGGCAAGGACAUGGCCAAUCCCACAGCCCUCCUGCUGAGUGCUGUGAUGAUGCUGCGCCACAUGGGGCUUUUUGACCAUGCCGCAAAAAUCGAGUCUGCGUGUUUUGCUACAAUUAAGGAUGGAAAGAGCUUAACAAAAGAUCUAGGAGGCAAUGCAAAAUGCUCCGACUUCACAGAAGAAAUCUGUCGCCGAGUAAAAGACUUAGAUUAGCGCUUCUGCUGGUGGAUUUGCUGCACUCAGUCACUCCGGAAGGAUGCCCCGUGAUCCUCCUUGAGAGCGCCCGCCAUUGGUUUGCUUGCUUCUUGACAGAGUACAUUUUCAAAUCUGGCCUUUUCUUAACAAAACCCUUGCAACGGAUGCACGUGAUGGCCCCAGGCCUUCAUUCAAAGGAUUUUCCCAAGUGCUUAUUAUUUAUUGUCUGUCUGGUAAACCUCUUUUUGUAAACUGAGUGAACUGUAUCAUUUACCAUUGUUCUCCAUUUUACACUUCAGGCAAAGUAAGUUUUCCUCAACUGUAAAUAUUCUGAUACAGAAUUAAUAAGAGAAAAUAUUUAACUUUUUAAUGAAAGCCCUGGGUUUUUUUUUUUUUUUUUUUUUUUUUGGUUUAUGAAAAACAUACUGAGAAUAAAACAGGGUUUUAACAAUUGCACAAGAUAACAUUAUUCUAAGACUAAAUGGGCACAAAAAAAAUUUACUGGGAAAGUUCAAAGCAAAACUGACAUAUUUCUUAGCAAUAUGGACAUAAAGAUAUUUGUCCUGUACAUGAAUUACUAUUAAUAAAAAUGUAAGCUCCAAGAAAUACAUAA